AUGUAAAAGUAAAUUAUAAUUCUUAUCACACUAUUGAAUUUAGGUUGUGGUCUGUUCUGCUAAAACUGCGACAGAUCUCUAGGGUGUCUAAGUUGCUUUGAAGAGACUAAUAAUGAGAACUGGGAUGUGUCAAACUCAACUAAUGUUGAAUCAUAUAUUUCAAAUUUUUAAACCUGUCAAUGUACUCCAAUUUUUUGCCAAUCUUUAUUAAUUUCUUCUAGAAUGUUUUUAAUGUUCCCAAUCAGAUCAUGGUUAUUCUGCUAAGAGGGCUAUUAUAUUGAUAAAAAUGGGUAUUUUAAUGUUUCAGCUGCACUAUAUCAAGAUAUAUGCUAACCAAAUGUCUAGCCAAAUCUCUGCUUAUUUGCAGCAUCUAAGUUUGAAUGCGACACUUGUAUCUACGGAUAUAGUACAUAUUAAAUAGGGAACCAAAGUCUGUGCUAUUAAUGCUUAAAUUAAAAUGGAGAUCUACUAAAGACACUAAGAUGCACACUAUUUCUUGAUGGGUCUUCAAAUAGUAUAUCAUAGUAAUCAAAAAUAGCUUGCUUAAAUGGUUAUGUUGAUAAAACAACCGAUCAAUGCGUCACAAACUGCGGGCUAAGAAAAAGAGUGCAAAUCUUGCAAGAAAGGCUACUAUCUUGUUUUGACAGAUGGGAAAAAUACUGGAAUAUGCUUAGAAAAGCAAGGAUAAUUUGA